AUGCAAAAGACAAAUAUUGAUAGUAUUAAGAAUCUGAACAAGGCGAUACUAGGCAAUAUAAUUUUGCGACGAAGAAUUUUUACUAAUAUUUUGGUUUCUUUCCUAGGGUACCCAGCUAUAUAUAUUGGGUGGAUGAGAGAAAAAGAUAUUCUUAAUCAAUUGAGAGAUGAUGGCAUGAUCUUUGAUGAACUCACCCGUGUUAAUCAAAUCAAAAGUACUGUAAGACCAAGAGAAUAUGUGCUGGCGGAUCACCUUGUCAGACAAAAGCAGGCAUAUAAAAAGAAGAAGCAGAAAAGAUUAACAUUUCAAGGCGUGUUAUCGCCAGCUAUUCCCAAGAUAUUUCUUUAA